AUGUCACUAAGACUUCGGAACGUCACGAACGCCUCUUCAUAUGUGUUGUGGUUGUCAUACUGGAUGCUGCCGUGGCGGAGUGGAAUGCUAGAACACGCUGGGCUGGUGAGAGUUUCUGAGGGAGCUAGGGCCAAUCCUACAGGGAACAUUUCGGUCCUCUCCGCCACUGUCUACGUUGGCCGUCUUGUUUCUAGUAGGGGAGCAUUCGGCGAAAAGCCGGACCCGUUAUCUGAGCUGAAUUUCCUUCCGAUGCCAUCUGCACUGUCAUGCGAAGAUGCAGAAAAUUUGAUGUCUCAAAGCAAUCCCGGAGACUUUGAACAAUGGACCAGUCGAGGCCCAGUCGCGGCCUGCGACAUUUAUCUUCCAGAUGACAGUGUCGCCGUCAACGGCGUGCAGGAUUGUUGUCAGCCGAGCCAGGCAUCAUCAGAUUUGUGCUAG